UAGUAGUGGAGUGCAAGAUAAGAAGCACAUGCAGUUGUCUAUAUGCACAGCAAAGGCACAUAUUUCCUCACUAGAGAACAGGGCACAAUUAUCUCAUGUCUCACAGGACACUACAGGCACCAAAACUCACACCAGGCAGAGCACUGAAUCUUAUGUGUGGCACACACUUUUGCUGGCCAGAGUCACUCGAGUGUCUACACACACGCAGAGCACAGAGUCACUCAGGCUACAGAACACACAAGGACAGAUGUGGCCACCACAAGUCUCAGCACAGCUGCCCAGAAGGACAACAACCCAGUGCCCCAAUACACAUGAGACAAACAAGGGAGCAGAAGCACAAGACACACCCUUCCUUAACUCAUGUGGACCAUUUCAGCUUUGCCAACGACGACACCUUCCUGCAGCGUUUCCUGAUCAGUGAUGAACAUUGGGACAAAAAUGGCGGACCUAUUUUCUUUUAUGCUGGGAAUGAAGGAGACAUUACUUUAUUUGCUGAGAACACGGGUUUCAUGUGGGACAUUGCACCAGAAUUUAAAGCAAUGGUAGUGUUUGGUGAACACAGAUAUUAUGGUAUCUCAGAACCUUAUGGAAACAGAUCACUCACGGUACCAAAAUACUCGGGCUACUUGACCUCAGAGCAGGCGCUGGAAGACUAUGUGGCCUUGAUUUCCUAUUUGAGGUUUGUCAUUGAGGGAGCCCAGACCAGUCCUGUGAUUGUGUUUGGAGGAUCCUAUGGAGGGAUGCUGGCUGCUUGGUUCCGUAUCAAGUAUCCUCACAUUGUGCAGGGUGCCAUUGCAGCAUCAGCUCCUGUGCGGCAGUUCACAGACUUUACUCCUUGUGAUAAAUUUGGACAAAAAGUGACGGAAGAUUUUGCCAAUGCAUCAGUUUCUUGUGCUGAAGUAAUUCGAAAGUCAUGGGGAGUAAUUAAUACUGUUACUGCCAAUGAUGAAGGAUUGGCUUGGCUCUCAAAGACAUGGAAGCUGUGCAAGCCACUCAAAAGCAAAGCUGAUGUGAAGACCCUAAAGGAUUACCUCAUGGAUGUGUGGACCAACCUGGCCAUGGUGGAUUACCCUUACCCAGCAAACUUCCUUGCACCUCUGCCUGCGUAUCCAGUUAAGGUGGUGUGUAGUCAUCUCACAGAUUCAAGCCUUGAUGGUAAGGACCUGCUGGAGGAACUUUUUGCUGGCCUCACAGUUUACUUCAACUACACUGGAGAAAGCAAGUGUCUAGACGCCGACCAGCAGGCUGAUGCCCGUCUUGAUGACCAAGGAUGGGACUUCCAGUCCUGCACAGAGAUGGUGAUGCCGUUCUGCUAUGAUGGUGUUAAGGACUUCUUUGAGCCAGCCCCAUGGGACUUCCAGGAUUACUCUGCCAAUUGUCAAAAGACCUGGGGAGUGAUUCCUCGCACCUACAUGGUCCCUCUCAUGUAUGGCGGCUGGUCCUUUAAGGCUGCUAGCAACAUUGUGUUCAGCAAUGGGUUGUUGGAUCCAUGGUCGACUGGCGGCGUGCUGUGGAAUGUGAGUCAGAGUGUUGUGGCAGUCAUCAUCCCGGAAGGCGCUCACCACCUGGACCUGCGCAGUGCCAAUCCAGCCGACCCACCCUCAGUGGUGGAGGCUCGCUGCCUGGAGAAGGCACACAUCACCAAGUGGAUUCAGGAGUUCAAGCAAUUAAAAGGUGCUGAUUAGGUUGUGUUUUGUAUAAACCUCAUUAUUGCAUCAUACAGGUGAAUCCUUCUUAACUGAAACAUAAAUAUUCACAGAAUUUGUAGAACUAAAUUACUAAAUUUUUGUGUCCAGACUCAGUAUUCGAAGAAAAUAUAGUAAAUCGAAAAUAAAAUAACUUUUCAGUUGUAUGCAUUUCUCUGUCCAGGAUUCUCAAAUCAAGUCUUGUCCUCCUUAUGGAUAUAGAUUCCUUUUUGUUGGUAUAUAAGGAAAUUGAAUUCAUUUAUUCAAACCUUCUAAUAAUCCAAACUAGUCUCCUUAUGGCAUUCAGUUAAAAAGGAUUCUUUGGUGUCUUGGUGUACAGAUGAUGAUCAGGUGUUCAUCUGCCUUGUGAUGUAAUACUAGUACACAGCUCUGCACUGAGUUUCAAGAUGUGUAACCAUGUCCAAUUUACCUUGUGAUACUGCAUCAUGUUUCUGACCAGUUAACCUGUUUCAUGUUACCAGGUCAGGUUUUCUUCAUGUAUUUUGUUCAAUAUAUCAUGUGACUUUGGCUUUACUUUUUUUAGUGUUAUGAUGUUAACCAUGACAUCCUCUAGAGAAAAUACUUCUGUAUAUUCAGUGUUUCCUAUCAUAAGAGGUCCAGGAGUAUGUGAAUUAUGGUGGAUCAAUAAUGCAUCUAUUUACUUGAAGUACUGUGUGCAAGAUUUCACAGGUUGUGUUAUUAAUGGUUAUCAUGAACAGCAGGUAUUAUGGCUGUGCAUAAAUAUAGGUAAUAUAAAAGCAUAUGUGUUGCAUUUUCCAGAGUGAGAUAGUUUAGCAGAAGGUUAGAUGCCCACUUAGCUGUGGAUGAAGCUGUCAGUUGUAUGUACUUGCCUCGGAAGGAACACAGGUAUGUUUAGUAGUUUGAUGAGUAGUGAGGGGCAAGGUGAAGGUAGAUUGUGGGAGUAGUGGUAUGUACAUUAUCUCUUUGUAGCCAGUGUGAUGCCAUGGUUCUCUUCAGUUUAUGCUUUUAUUGAUUUAUUUAUUUUUUUAAACGUGCAGUGUAACCUAUCUUAUUACAUGCAAUUUUUGUGCAUCUGAUGACCUGUAUCCUGUUACCCUUGAAAUUCAUCUGAAGGGAGUGAAAAGAGCAGGAAACUUUCAAGCUGCCCCACAUACACAUCCUUGUUGAUUUUGAGUGGUUAUUGAAUAGUUUUAUUGUGACCACCUAAUUUAUGAUUUUUUUUGGUGCAAUUCUUUAUUCUCUCAGUCUGAAGAAUAAGAAAAUAACAUGAGGGAACACUAGUAUGUUUAAGAAAAUAUGAUGGAGAAAUAAGGGAGCAAAAAUACUGUAGCAGGAGAAAUAAGAAAGCAAACAAUGAUUGGGAAGUGCAAGCAAAGUAAGGUUGGAGGAAGAUUACUGAAAUUGUCUAGUGACAAUACUUAACACAGCUAUAGAAAGAAAUAGGGCACUAGUGGUACCUUCAAGAAAAUCUAUCUCAUACUUUAUAAAACUUGCUCAGCAUUUUAAUAGUAUAUAAUAUUAAAAGUUAGCAAUAGAAUAUGCAGUUUUCAUAUAGAGUAAUGUGAUAAAGGAUGAAAAUGGGAGUGCUAUAGAGACAACAUACAUGUACAUAUCUCUCAUAUCAAUAUCAUUGAGUAUUUGUCUGAAGUCUUAGGGAAGUCAGUGUGAUGUCAGUCAUGCAUGCCAAAGCUUCUAAUACUGGAAUACUCAUGAAAAUUGUAUCCUUCACUUUAUGAAUUCCAUUCUCAUUUUAUGCAAUAAAUUUUAUUUCCUUA